GUCGUACAGUGGUCAGUCGGGAUAUGGCCGUAGGCCAGGGAAAGUGGAGGUAAACCGUAAAGUCGUAGAUCUAUCGAUAAAGCCAAACUGGCGAAACCAACAAGAUCAGGAAUGAUUGUCGGUAGUGGUGAAGGACUGAAGAUUGACUGAUGGGUGUGUCGUCGACGACCAAAGAGGAGUGAUGUUUAGUGUGAGCUUGUGUGCACAAUGACCACGACUGGAGCUAGUGGGACCUAUCAUCAGUUCCUGAGUGACGAGAAUGCUCCGAAAUGGCGUGGCAUGUUCACAGAUGCCAUACACAGGGUGGCACGGGAAGUUCAGCCCUCGCUGCUGGUCGACCAGGAUGCUGUUCGAUUUGUGGAGGAACUCCUCUACAAAAUUCUGGCCAUACUUUGUGCAAUGAAGCCUCGAACAGUUCAAGAUGUGGAAGAUUACGUCACAAGAACUUUUGAUCCUCAAGUUGGAAGAUGGGCCAACAAGGAGGCCAGGGAGGGAAUGGAUAGCUACGUGGCCUCCAAGCAGCGUGGCAGAGGUUCUCAUGGACACUCCAAGCCUCUGAAUAUGCCCGUGGAUCGUGUACAUCCACCGCUAUGCAGGGAUGUCCUGGGAUAUCGCACUAUGGAGCCAACAGUUACCUGCUACAUGCUUGGUAUCGUGGAGUACAUGGGAGCUGAUAUUUUGAAGCUUGCUGGAAACUAUGUGCGCAAUUCACGGCAGGCAGCUGUUAUCUCUUCUGAGGCCGUCAGAGUUGCUAUGAAUGCUGACAAGGUUUUACUGGAUUUCUUUGACCAAGAUCCCCAGCCGCUCCGUAUCGAAGAGAAAUGGACCGACCGGGCGCACAUGUCAUAUGAUGAACUGGUCAAGGACGUACUUGCUGACGAAGCCCAGUACACGCGUGAUCUGGCUUUGAUCAUUAAGGUCUUCCAAAAGUUUCUUGAGGAUUGCUGCGAUGCCGUUGCAAAGGAUGAGAAACAAGAGAUCAUUGACGACAUCUUUGAGAAUGUGCAGGCGGUCGAGAACAUGGCCACACAGCUUCUUGGCAGCAUUGAGGACAUGUUGGAAAUGUUUGGCGAGAGUGGAGACUCGGAGGAGAGCAGUAAAGUGCCGCUCAUUGGAGCCUGCUUUGAGGAGCCAGCGUUGGACUGGGAGUUCAGUGUGUAUGAAUCGUACGCUGAAGGUUACCGCACUGCGCAAGACCGGCUUGAGGAGUUUUUGGCCAGGCCUGAGGUUGCUACAUAUGUAAAGAACUCUGCCAACACGGUUUGCACUAAUUUCAAGGAGGCAGUGUACUAUGUGCUGCCCAAGCUUCUUCUUGAGCCCAUUCUGCACUGCUUCCAGUAUUUUGAUUUGACACAGUACUUUUUCAAGACAUCGCCAGAUGUCGGCGACCGCACCUGUUUCAGUGAGGCUCAUACAGCUCUCAUAGCGCUGAAGAGCAACAUGGACAAGCUGUGCCGCGACAUUUUACCGAAACCUGGCCAUGAGCAAGUGAUUGGUUAUCGGCGGCGAGGGCCACGCGCCAGCAUAGAACAGUUGAAUGAACUUCAGCGGUCCAUUGAGCCUUGGGAUGAUACCGAUAUUGCUGCCAUGUGCUCAGAAAUACUGCAUGAGGGAGAUCUCAACGUACAUCGUGGCAAAGGUUUUGGCAAAACAUCCACCGAGCGUCACAUUUUCGUCUUGGACUCGCUUCUCAUCUUUUGCAAGGCGAAUGCCGGCCGAAAGAUUGAGUUUCGGCUGAAGGAGAAGUUCAACGUGAGAAGAAUGGAAUUGAACGACCUCGAAGACUGUGAAGAGUAUCGAAAUGCAUUUGAAGUCGUCGAAAACCAGAAGCGGCUCAUCCUGGUGGCCAAGACUGAAAAUGACAAGAGAGAAUGGAUGGCCCUGCUGACGGGCUUGACAACGAAAGGGACAUUUGAUCGGCUACUGGACUCUGCGAUACGUGAUGAGCAGCGGCGUAUUCCACUUCGCCUGCCCGACCCAGUCGUGUACAAGUUUGCUGAAGAGGACGUAGAAGGUGUGAAUAUUAUGUUUGAGGAGGGAGCUACCAGUAGCACUGGUGUUCCGCUUGUCAAGGGAGGAACGUUACAUAAACUAGUUGAGCGCUUGACCUAUCACAGAUUUGCUGAUCCCGGCUUUGUGCGAAUCUUCCUGACAACGUACCGGUCGUUCUGUGACCCACCCAAGUUCCUGAGCCUGCUGGUUGAAAGGUUCCGGAUACCUGACCCACCGACCACCAAGGAGGAGGAAGAAGUCUUCAUGGCCGGUGGUAAGUCUCGGCCAUGGAUGAAGCGCUUCCGCACGGAAUACGUGCAGCCCGUCCAGCUCCGAAUCAUGAAUGUACUGCGCCACUGGGUGGAACACCACUUGUAUGAUUUCGACGCUGACAUGUCAGCAACUCUUCGUGAGUUUCUCAAGGAGCUUCAUGGCAAGCAGCGGAUGCGCAAGUGGUCCGAGUCGGUCGAGCGACUUCUGGAAAGAGGAGGCAUGUCCGUGCAGCAACCGCAUGUGUUUGAUGUAGAUCCUGCCCCUCUCGAGUAUCACAUAGCUCGGGAACCUGGUGAUCUGAACAUCUACACAACUCAUCCUAUUGAAAUUGCUAGGCAGUUGACUCUCAUCGAGUCCGAGAUGUAUCGUGCUGUUCGGCCUUCUGAACUCGUCGGAAGCAAAUGGACGAGUGAAGACAAGGAGACGUUGUCGCCAAACGUGCUGCGCUUCAUCCGUCACUCCACAAAUAUCACAUCCUGGGUGAAUUGUACAAUUGUGGAGUCGGAAAACUUGGAAGAGCGGCGCGUGGCUGCGCAACGUUUCAUUGACAUUAUGGCCACACUGAUGGAACUGAACAAUUUCAACGGCAUGAUUGAGAUCCUUUCAGCCCUGAAUAGUUCUGCAGUGCAUCGACUGGAUCACACAUUCAUGGAGCUUCCCCGUCGGCUAGAGCAGGCCAAGGCCAGCGCCAAUGAGCUUGCUGCUAAUCACAUGAAAAAGUACAAGGAAAAGCUCAAGGCCAUCAACCCGCCGUGUGUGCCAUUUAUGGGUGACUAUUUGACUCAAAUUCUGUUCAUUGAGCAAGGUCUGAAAGAUAUGAUUCCCAACUCGGAGUGUAUCAACUUCAGUAAACGGCGGAAAGUGGCGGAAGUAACAGGUGAAAUCCAACAGUACCAGAAUCAACCGUACAACCUCAUCAUCGAGCCUGUUAUUCAGGCCUUCCUGCUGUCACAAGAUCCACUGAAAUGUGUUGACGGUGAUUCACACAUUCUUGCGACGAAGCUACACAAGGCGUCACUUGAAAUUGAGCCAAGGCAGCAGCCACCAGCAAAAUUUCCGCGUAAUCCUGCUAUCAAGGACAGCUGGUUGAGAGAUAAGCCGCGGAUUAGCUCACGAGGCCCGUCACGUCCAACUCCCAAGCCAAGUAUUUCCGGUUCGAGUAGCAGUGACAUCCGUCGCCUGUCCACACUCACCACCGCGUCCUCUAGUAACGAUGACCGAGAUCAACCGCCGCCAGUGCAGCGCAACGAACGGCCUCCGCUGACGCCAACUAGUCUUCAACAGCCGGCCCCUGUUCUGCCGCCGAAAACUUCAUCUGGCCCUACCCUGCCCCCUCGCCCGGGACAAUCAGGUGGCGGAGUACCACCACCUGCUUCUCGACCAAAGGACUCUUCGUCGCCUUUGCCAUCUGGUGAUGCAGCUGGUCCUCCCGUACUACCCUCUCGAGACUACUGCAGAAAAGUACCUCAGCUACCUCCUAAAACACACAGGUAACCAGCGGUAACGGGUAACAUGUAACAUUAUUGUAUUGUUUUUAUUGAUUCCUGCCUGUGCGCAGCCGCAGCGGCAGAAGCAGCAGCGGCAGCAGGACUUUGCUAGAAAGACGUGUAUAUUGACUUGUCUUUUGCCUAUAGUUGUCUUUCGUUCUCCUCCUCCUCCUCCUCCUGUGUCCAGUAAUUUUAUCUUUCGUACAGACUAUAGUCCUUUACUUUUCCGUUGUUCUAAUGUGUUGCAUUUGAGUAUUUGUAUUUUCCCACAUCCGAUCAUAUCACUCCUAGGAUAAUUGAAAUGGUUACUCGCCUCUAAUGUGCCCUCUGUUGUGGGCGUCGAGUUCUAUUUCAUGUUCUUUCAAUUUCGCCUUUUUUCUUGUUUUCUUUUGCCAUUGUAGAAGGUAUGCAAUAGUAUCACUACUAGUGAAGGUUAAGUUCAUGACAUUUUUUAACCAACUCAUGUUCAACUCUUUAUUCAGCAGUAUGAAGUUUGUGCCAUACCACAGUAUUCACCCCUUUGUAGUCAGUUAUAUAAAUCUGGCUGCUAUGCUGCUCUCUGCUCUUCUUUUUUUUGCUCUCUCUCCAUUUUUCUUGUUUUCUUUUUAAAUUGUAUGAUUGUCUUCACUAGCUAUGUGGAUGACAAAUACUGAAAUAGUGAGUCUGUUUGACAGUUGUUGAACGUAUUA